CUUGCGCUGAAGAAAUGGUCUGACCUCCACACGGUUCCUCCUCGAUUUUACAGAAAACAUAUCUGUGCCGAUCUCGCAGAGUCUGGAAAGGUCCAGUCAGAAGUUCAGCGACAGGAGAGGUGGUGUAAGAGCGGACGAGUUGAGUAUUCCAUCUUAUUAGGCCCGCCCGGCACUCCAAACGGAACUCUGCGAAUCUACACAAUACCUCACCAAACACCCGAUUCUAGUCAUUCACGACAAUGACCAGUCACUUCUCUUCAUCGGGCGCUUUUGUUAAAUUUCUUCCUUAAAAAUUCUGUUUCUUCACGACGCUGAGUUCUCCCGGCCUCUCGCCUGGCUGCGAUUCUCACCUUUGUCCGGUCAGGACUUUUACACUCAUUUCCACUGACUUGACGGGUUCUGGACUGGACGAUAUACCACUAUGACUACUGCGCAAAUGUCCGCAGAUAAGUCUAGACUGUCCUUUGCGAAGGUAGCUGCAUCUGCUGGCAAGGACAAUGUUGCUCUCAGUUCAUUUGCUAAAGUGGCUGCCUCUGCGCAGGCCAAGGAUUUAAAGAAGGAGAACAUUGCAAUUCCAGGUCAGGCAGAGACAUCUACUCAGCCUAAUGGAUUGUCGGAUAUACAACACACCAGCACCGACGACGGAAAGUCUAACGAGAAUCUUGUCGAAGCAGUAAAGGCGCUGAGUAUCAACGCUGCUCCCAGCCUUGUCGUCAAUGGGUCUGGAAUAGUUAGGAACAAGUCUGAGGGACCUGAUGAUGAGUCUGGAUCCGAUCUGGGUACAAGACCUCCGAGCUUCACUUCUGGCACCACGUUUGCGUUGGAUGAAAAGGAAUCACUUCGCCCCGAUGAUAGUGCAUCUGUCAAAGCAGCCGAAGAUGACGACACCUUUUCUGGACGAGGAUCUAUUGUGGCUGGAUCUAGAAUAGGCAGUGAGGCUGCUGCUCGUGCUUAUCGUGCACAAUUCUACGACGCUCCUGAUCGACGGAACAUGCAGAAUAUCCAUGAGCGUCAAAGCCAGGGAGUGAGUACACCUCAGAGUGGCUCAUCUGGACAGCAAACAACAGACGAUGGCAAGUCCAAGCCACUCAUUGGAACACCAGGAGUGCCGGAUGCCUUCAAUCUAUUCUACCGACAAACACCUGACGAAAAGCUCCUCGAGGCACUGGAGUCACCAAAAGACCGGAUUUUCCUGCUUCGCCUGGAACAGGACGUGAUUGAGUUUGUCAAAUCCAGCAAGGAGCCUUUCAUUGAUCUUCCCCCAUGUAAUUCAUUCUGCAGAAUGCUCACCCACAAGCUCGCGGACUACUAUCAUAUGACACAUCAGGUCGAUGCUAUAGCUGGUGCUGUUCGCAUUUUUCGAACUCCUUUCUGUAGAUUGCCGCCUUCAUUGACUAGUAUCUCAAAUCCUCCCACAUCGGGUAACACUCCACCACCUACUAUGCCAGCGAUGAAAAUCAUGCGCAGAGGUGGUGACGGAGACACCGGACCGAGUCCGUCAAAGGCUACUUCUGAAACAGGAAGUGACGGAAAGGAUAAGUCGCUCUCCGCGAAGGAGAAACUAUCCCGAGAGGAACGAGAAGCGGCGUAUAACAAAGCCAGAGAGCGGAUCUUUGGUAAAGAUGAUAAGGCGGGAGAUGUAACUCCAGAUACCGAAGACGGAAACGAGAUGUCCAGAUCGAGUUCCGUCUCAACAAAAGACAGAACUAGCCAAAACAAAAGAGCCAAGCCUGCUAAGCAACGACGAGACGACUCUGAAAAUUUUGAUGUUAGAUCUCAGUACGCACCCUACUUCCCACAACCGCAAGCUCCGACAUGGGUUCCGACACAACAAUAUGCACCAAUGGGCCCUCCUCAAUUCAGUGGUGGUACUGCACAGCCCAGCUAUCAAAAUCCUAUGCAGCCUCACUUUGGUCCUCAGCAAUUCAACCCAGGAGUGAUGACGGGUGUUAAUAUGCAGUACAACCCUCCCCAACAAUAUCCACCACAGGGUCAACAACGCUUUCAACAGCCCCAUAGUGCUCCAAUCAGUGGUUUCGCCUCGCCCGUCCAAUCACCACCGCCUGCUCCACAACAGUGGCCACAACCUCUCUAUCAAAGCCCAUAUCAGCAAUCUCAAACAGCUAUGGUCCGUGGGCCUCCCAAUUCGAUCCCAUAUGCGUUUGGUCAAUUGCCAAGUACUGCCAAUCCAGCAGACCCAAAAAGCCAACAUCCAAUCCCAGGAAGUUUUAACCGCCAUGCAUUCAACCCGAAGACACAGUCAUUCGUUCCUGGCAGUUCAGGCCUUCCGGUCCCGCAGCCCAUGUCUCAUCAUGGAUCUCCUCACCAUGGUUCCCCGCAUCACGGUUCUCCUCAUCUCCCUUAUAACGCCUUCGCUACUCCUCAACAACAAUUUGGCAAUGGAAUGGGCUACAACAUGGCACGUCAAGGCUCUAAUAACUCACUGCCGUCGUACCAUGCAUCUCCUCACAUGGCUCAACGUCCAAUGAUGCAUCAAGGUAUGCCUCAAAACCUCCCCCAAGGCAUGUCUCACUCGCAAGGUAUGCCCCAAGGUGUGAGCCAAGUGAUGCCAAUGGCGAUGUCACACAUUGGAAAUCAUCUUCCCAACUAUGGUAAUCCCUCGACACUUCCCCCUAAGCCACCUACUGGAGUUUGAAGGCGUACCCUUUUAUGUUUUUAUCAGAAAGUGGCGUAUGGUAGGAGCAUUGGCGGAGUUAGCGGGACUUGCGGCAUAAAGUGGCACUUUAGUACCAGGUUUACAACAUUGAGCUGAUAGACCACAAAUACAAUAUUCAGAAUGAUGUGAUUUU